AUGACGUUGCGAUCCGACUUGAACGGGUCGUUGCCAUCUGCCCCAACCACCAAUGGCAUCGGUCAUGGCAAUGGCAAUGGAGAGACGUCCACUUCCAGAUUCCGCGGUCAAGGUGACAGCAGCCCCGACCGCGACGACCUCUCCAAUGGCACCGGAGACAACAUACGCCCCUCCAGCGCACCUGGUAGAAAGAAUGGCGUUGUAUUUGUCGAGUCUGGAGAUGAACUGGGAGAGCGGCCAGAGAAACAUCGCGUGAAGCCGCCUUUACUACGAUCCAAGAGCGACUUUGCACCGCGUCCUGUCGAAGAGUCCGAUACCGAAGAGGAGAUUAGUGAGUGGGGGGCUCGACAUGGCUUCGAGGAUCAUUAUCAGUCUGAGCACAUCAUCUCACAAUUAGCAAGUAACUGGUACAUGUAUUUUACCGAUAAACGCCACGAGACCACUGGCAAGCCGAAGCGUCUAGAAUAUGAGUUGCAAGACUGGAGGCAACGAGACAGACUUAAGACUGUAUCUGCUGCCCUUGCGGUGUGCUUGAAUAUCGGAGUCGAGCCCCCGGAUCAGCUCAAGACGAACCCCGGAGCAAAACUCGAGGCCUGGACUGAUCCCACAGUUCCUCCUAUCCAGAAGGCCCUUGAGAACAUAGGGAAGGCUUUACAGACUCAGUAUGAGACGCUGGCUAUCCGUGCUCGCUAUAAACAGUACCUGGAUCCGUCCGUUGAGGAAACCAAGAAGUUUUGCGUGUCUUUAAGACGAAAUGCCAAGGAUGAGCGGGUGUUGCUGCACUACAACGGUCAUGGCGUGCCCAAACCCACUGCAUCCGGUGAGAUUUGGGUGUUUAACAAGACAUAUACACAGUACAUUCCCGUCUCUCUGUACGAUUUACAGCAAUGGCUACAGGCUCCGACCAUCUUUGUUUGGGAUUGCUCCGAGGCUGGAAACAUCCUGAACAAUUAUCACCGCUUUGUUGAAAAACAUGAAGAGGAAGAAGAGGAAGCAGCGGAUAGGGACCCUCACUAUGAAAAGACCAGCUUUCGGCCUUAUAUUCACCUUGCUGCUUGUGCAGUCAAAGAAAACCUCCCCACCAACCCGCAGUUGCCGGCAGAUCUAUUCACGGCAUGCUUGACAACGCCCAUCGAAAUGGCGCUAUGGUUUUUUGUACUUCAAAAUCCCCUCAAGACCAAUCUUACUCCGGAACGCGCGAAGCAACUACCUGGGCGUCUUCAAGAGAGACGGACACCCCUUGGCGAGCUCAACUGGAUCUUCACAGCUAUUACGGACAGCAUUGCGUGGACAACGCUGCCUCGAGAUCUGUUCCGCAAGUUUUUCCGUCAAGACUUGAUGGUGGCUGCGCUGUUCAGGAACUUUCUCCUGGCUCAGAGGGUCAUGACUGUUUAUGGCUGUCAUCCACAAUCGUACCCAGCCCUGCCUGAUACGCAUCAACACCCCUUGUGGGAGACAUGGGAUUUAGCCGUUGACAUGGCGCUGGCGCAGUUGCCCAUGCUUGAAAGAAAGGAGAGCGAAGGCAUCGAAUACGAGUACCAGAAUUCCACCUUUUUUACGGAACAAUUAACAGCCUUCGACGUGUAUUUAACAAGAGGCGACGCGAUGGCACAGAAACCCCCUGAUCAAUUGCCAGUAGUCUUGCAGGUUUUGCUCAGUCAGCAACACAGAGUACGAGCUCUCAUUUUACUUGGUAGAUUCUUGGAUCUCGGCCCUUGGUCGGUUCAGCUGGCACUUAGCAUAGGAAUCUUCCCCUAUGUUCUAAAGCUGUUACAGUCAGCUGCUGCAGAGCUGAAACCCGUCAUGGUUUUUAUUUGGGCGAGACUGAUUGCUGUGGACAUAUCUUGCCAACAGGACCUUAUUAAGGACAGUGGAUACAGCUAUUUUGCCCAGAUUUUGAAGCCAUCUGAAGGGCUUCCCGUGGUAGACAGCGACGAGCAUAAGGCCAUGUGCGCCUUUAUUCUUGCAAUGCUCUGCAAAGAUUACAAGAAUGGCCAGAUGGUUUGCAAUCAGACGGACAUCAUGUCUUACUGCCUGGCUCAUCUGCAAAAUGAAAACAACCCUCUCCUUCGACAAUGGGCAUGCCUCUGCAUAAGCCAGCUAUGGCAAGACCUUCCAGAGGCAAAGUGGAGAGGAAUUAGAGAAAAUGCCUAUGUCAAGCUGGCGUAUCUUAUGCGGGACCCUUGCUGUGAAGUCCGCGCUGCUAUGAUUCAUGCAAUGACUACUUUCUUGGGAAUUCCCGAUCUGACGGAUGAGGUGGCUCGUAUUGAAGAGUCUAUUGCCUGGACUAUUCUAGAAAUGGGCACGGAUGGCAGCCCCAUGGUUCGCAAGGAGUUUAUCAACUUCUUGUCUCACUUCAUGAUUCGAUUCGAGAGCAAGUUCCUGGUUGCAGCUUAUGAGCAGCUUCAAGAAGAGAAGGAAUAUUUGAUCUUCCCGCCGCAGGACGACGGCCAAGACCACAAGAUGGGACUGCACUAUGCAAGACCAGAGAAUCGAAACAAAGACGGGACAAUCAAACCCAUGGCCCAUGGCCUCUCACACAAUACCGUGUAUAUGGCGUGCUGGAAACAUGCACUCAUUCUUAGCGUGGACCCGCACCCAGAGGUCCAACGAGAGGCGACCAUUAUCGUCGACUACAUACACAAUGCUUUGAUCAACUCAACCGUAGGCGAGGCAGCGCAGCUUUUGAUGCGAGAGAUUCAGACACGAGCAAGGCAAACAGCUAUUUUGAGAAAUGCGGCACAGGCUGUUCAGAAAUCCCACAUGGUGGGUGGGCAGGCAACGCAGCCCCUCCCUUCUCCGGGUAUUUUGCGCAGGACCGCGAGCCUGCUCUUUCAGUCGUUCAAAGGAGGCGAGGAGAGAUCACGGCCAAGUACACCAGCAAGCCCGGUACCUCCUCGCUCACCAUCAUCCAAGAUCGCACCAGAUCAAAUGACAGCCCCCCCCGAACAAAGUGACCUGAGCUCAGCAACGUAUAAUGUGGCGCGGGAGCCAAUGAGCGGGGCAUAUGAGGAAAGGGACUUUUCGCGGGCCCCUAGCAUGCCGCUGAAGAGCAGAUUCCUUGAAUGGUCCAUUGAAUAUUUCCGCGAACCACAGAUGAAACCUAGCGAGGCAGAUGAACCUGGUAGCACCGAGUACAAUGAGCGUCUUUGGAGACGAGCUCGCAACGAGAACAUGCUGAGAGAGACACAGCCGCUGAAACAAAUGGCUGGUACCCAUAAAUGGAACAACCAGCUGGGAAUUGUGAAUAACGGCGCUCAGCCAGCCAAGAUGACAUUUCAUCAAUAUGAGGACCACUUGGCUGUGUCGGAUGAUGGAAACACUGUUUAUGUGUGGGACUGGAAGAAGCAAGGUCGUCUGAGCCGGUUCUCAAACGGCAAUCCCCAAGGAUCCAAUAUCAGCGACAUGAAGUUCAUCAACGAGGAUGACCAAGCCUUUUUGUUGACGGGUUCUUCAGAUGGCGUGAUUCGCGUAUAUCGCAACUACGACUCUGACAAGGAGAUUGAACUGGCAACCUCUUGGCGAGCAUUAACACAUAUGGUCCCUAGCAACGUGAACUCUGGCAUGGUGUUUGACUGGCAGCAGGUAACGGGCCGGAUCCUCGUCGCUGGAGACGUGAGAGUUAUUCGCGUGUGGUACGCGGCGCACGAAACCUGCGUCAUGGACAUACCCGCGCGAUCAGGAUCGUGCGUCACCUCAUUGACGUCGGAUCAAAUGACUGGAAACAUUUUUGUUGCUGGUUUUGGGGACGGCGCUGUCCGGGUGUUCGACACGAGACUGCGGCCUCAGGACUCCAUGGUGCGCAAGUGGAAGGAUGAAUCAGACAGACAGUGGAUCAAGAGCGUUCACAUGCAACGAGGCGGACAGCGCGAACUCGUCAGUGCUAGCCGCAACGGCAAAGUGAAGUUGUGGGAUAUCCGGAUGGAUAGGCCGUUGCAUUCGUUCCAGACGACAAGAGAUACCUUGCGGACGGCGAGUACACAUGAACAUCUGCCCGUCUUUGCAGUGUAUUCAACCUCGACGGCAACGAACUCUCUCGCCUCGAACCAUACUCCAGCUUCCUCCAACAAAAUCGGGGAGUACCCAUUGCAGCUACUGCCUUCCACCCACACCGACCAAUCCUUGGCUGUGCCGCGCGCGGCGAUCACCACAUAA